AUGGUCGGUUUGAAGCCUGGUGUGUUCCCAGUAUGGAAACCUCAGUAUCCUUUAAAACCAGAACAAUCUCUAGGUAUAAAAGACACCAUAGCUGGACUACUGACAGCUGGUGUUCUCAGAAAAUCCAAUUCUGACUGGAACACCCCGAUCCUACCUGUCUCCAAAGGAGAGGGAAAGGGAUGGCGUAUGGUGCACGACUUAAGGGAAAUUAAUAAAGCUACUGUUACUGAAAAUAUCCCUGUCCCAGACCCAUACUUGGCUUUGCAAAAUCUGACUCCUGACCAUUGUUAUUUCACUGUUAUCGAUUUGGCAAAUGCAUUUUUCUGCCUCCAACUGGCCAGCUACUGUCAACAAAUUUUUUCUUUCACAUAUGAGGGACAGAAGUAUACAUAUAACAGAUUGCCACAAGGUUACAAGGACAGCCCAGGUCUGUUCAAUAGAGCCCUUAAAGCUGAUUUGUCCAGCCUAACCUUACCUGACAAUACGGUGUUAGUCCAGUAUGUUGAUGACCUACUGAUAGCAGCCCCUGAUGCAGACACCUGUCUAGCAGCCACUGUCUCCUUGCUCACGUUGCUGGCUAACCUUGGAUACAAGGUGAAACAGGACAAAUUGCAAGUUGCUAGACCAGUGGUGACUUUUUUGGGACGCCAAAUUUCGGCCACUGGUCACACUUUGACUGCUACACAACGUCAAUCCAUCCUGCAACAUGGUAAACCCAGUACAGUUCAGGAUCUACUAGCGUUCCUGGGGUUAACGGGCUACAGCCGUAAUUUCAUUUUUGAUUAUGUGGGUUUGACGCAACCUCUUAGGGAUUGUUUGGCUAUGGUGGGACACAGGAACCUUAAAGCAAAACUAAUCUGGACCAUUGACGCCGAAAAAGCUUUCAUUGACUUAAAGCAAGCCUUGGCGCAUGCUGAACAUUUACAGGCCCCAGAUUAUGAAAAACCCUUUUUCCUAGAUGUUUCUGAAAGGAACGGUAUUGUAAAUGCCGUUCUCUUUCAGAAAGGGGGGAGGGAAAGUAAUAGACAGAUUCUCAUGUACUAUAGCUCAAAACUAGAUGUAAUGGAACAGGGCCAAACACAUUGCACUAGACAAAUUGCAGCUCUAGCCAAGGCUGUUAACAAAACUGCUCAUUUAGUCAUGUGUCACCCUCUAGUGAUCAACACGAACCAUGGUGUUGUUGCCUUUCUUACUUCUACAGCAUUCACUCUUUCACCCACUAGGAAGAUGAGGAUCAGCGAUACGCUGACACAACCACACAUCACAUUCACACACAAAGAUACGGUGAAUAUGGCAAAACAAUUACCGCACACUGAUUUGGAACCACAUGACUGUGAGUUUGUGGCCCAGAGGGACCUGAGACUCAGGGAAGACCUCGGUAGUGACCCUUUAGAAAAUCCUGAAGUGGUAUUUUUUUGUGAUGGUUGUUGUUAUAGAGGAGAAGAGGGAAAUGUGGCCUCAUUUGCUGUAAUUGAACAACAGGGGAAAGGCUUUGUCACUAGAGUAGCAGAAAUCAUACCCCAGCCAGCGUCAGCCCAACUUGCCGAAAUAGUAGCACUUACAAAAGCUUUAGAAUUAGGAAAGGACAAGGCCCUAAAUGUUUACACAGACUCUGCUUAUGCCCACUGCGCAGUCCAUGUGGAUGGACCGCAGUGGAUGAGGAGAGGAUUUGUGACCUCUCAAAACACUCCUGUGAAACAUGCAGAAGCCCUAAAAGCCUUAUUAAGUGCUACUUUGUUGCCCAAACUAGUAGCUGUAAUUAAGUGCAAAGGGCACUCCAAGACAAGUGACUUGGAGGGACUGGGAAACAAUGCAGCAGAUGCUGCAGCUAAAAAGGCAGGAGGUUACACUGUACAAAUGACUGUAAAGGCUGACGUCCAGCGGAGUGAGCCCCCUCCAAAACCACCAGCAGAUGACAGCGAGUGGCUGGAGUUUAAAACUGUCAAGCCUGGCGACUGGGUACGGGUGAAAGUCCACAAGAGAAAGUGGUCUGAGCCCAGGUGGUCGGGUCCGUGGGAAGUCACUGAGGUAACAACCCACACCGUCAAAGUGAAAGGCUGUGGGAACUGCACCACUGUGCACUACCUGUUCCCAGAAGUGAAGCAGAAGGUGGUACCCCCAGCAUACAUGCCCUACAGAGGGAACUAUACCUGUUUCGCUAGGAACACGGGGACCGUUGAGGUGGGUCAGCUGAAGUGGUGUGGAGACACCGUGGACGCAGAAAACACCUCAGACGGACUUAUUGAGACUACUCUCUCCAACGGGAGUGACCUGAAGUCCCAGUUCUUUCAGCAGCAUACUCCCCUAUUAGGACUACAGGAGAUAGAAGAAGUUGAAUUGGAGGAAGUUUGA